UUAUCAUCAUAAUCUAUCAAAAACAAGAGGCCCAUGGGGCCUGAAUUACUCACCUGGACUGGUAUAAUUAAUUAAAUUAACUAUACCUCUGAUAAGUGAACAAUAGCAAUAAUGAUUUAUCACCGAUAGUUUAUUUGGUGACCCCCAAUUUGACAAUAACAUACCAAAUAAAUAAAUCGAAUGAAGACGUACAUGUGUAUGUAUUGUAACCCGAACCAAUAUAAGCGGUGAAAUUGUGUAAUUUCUAAUUUCACUUGUGACAUAAUUAGGGACUGUAUGAAGAUGCAAUCUAGUGAUAGUCAGUCAUGAGUUAUGCUGGUUUCUGAAAGGAGUAUUAAAGGAUUUGUGAACAGCGUCUAAAUAUUGUAACUGUGUAAAUAUAUGAUGCCAAAUAUGACUAAAAAAAUAAUUUACAAAAUAUAUAAAAAUUAUUUCACAACUUAAAAGCAGUACAAUUCGUAAUUCUGACAUCGUUGGGAAAUAUGCAUAUUUUACCGGCAAAGAUCGGCAAUUUCCGUGAUGACGUCAGAGACGCUGUCCAACCGUGAACCGCUAUUCAGUAGCCUAUUGUUUGCCAUUACAAAAGCGUGCUUUCUUCGAACAACACUGAGUUAAAUUACGGAAUUAUCCUUUAUAAUAUGGUUUAUUGUGUGGCAUGGGGAUGUCAAAACCAAUCAAAAAAGGGAUCAGGAAUCAGCUUUUUUAGGUUUCCGCCGGAAGGUGAUUCUAGAAGGAACAUUUGGAUCCAUCGGUGUCAGAGAGGUGAGAAGGGAUGGACACCAAAAUGUACAAGUCGGUUGUGUUCGGCACAUUUCGAAAAGGAUGCUUUCGCUCGGGACCCGGUUGAAAUGGCUAAGAUGGGAUACAGCAAUGCAAGAAUCUCGUUAAAAGGCACUGCUGUCCCGACUGUAUUUACCAACAGGGAGUUUGUUGAAAAUUCGGUAGAGAUGCCGAUUCGCCGCCCUAGGUCCGCUUUUCAGAAAAGACGCAAUGCCGAGAAAUACGAUAAUGGCAUUCCACGAAAAAUCCCUUGCCGACAGGUGGCGCUGAUAAGCAACCGAGUUCCGGAAGUAAUCAUCUUCGCCUCCCUUUUCACGGGAUCGUCAUUGUUCAGUGCACACUUUGUACAGAUUCAGUCACAUUAUUAUCGGUAACAAUGCCUACGGAGUGUUGUGUGCCUGGAUGUGAAAAUAGGACGGGUCAUUUGUUUCCUUGGUCGGAUAGAAAGCGAAUUAAAGCGUGGAAAGUUUCCGUGAAAAGGGACUGUUGGGAACCGCAGAAAUACAGCGUUGUAUGCAAGAGUCAUUUUGAUGAAAAUGACUAUGAUGGAAAAACAACAUACGGUAAGUUAAUAUUAUUAUAUAUUUUAUUGUGAAUAAUAAUGCCAAAACCCAAUCCAAGUGAGGAGGUUUACACUGUACGGGUGAGGAGUAGUAGUAAUAUGUUUCCUACGUCAUAGGCCUACGUAUAACGUGCAU